AUGGCCUCGGCUGCCUCUGUGACCAGCCUGGCAGAUGAGGUCAACUGCCCCAUCUGCCAAGGGACCCUCAGGGAGCCGGUCACCAUUGACUGUGGCCACAACUUCUGCCGCAUCUGCCUCACCCACUACCUUGAGAUCCCCAGCCCGGACCCCGAGGAGCCCCCAACCUGCCCACUCUGCAAGGAUCCUUUCCGCCCAGGGAGCUUCCGGCCCAAUUGGCAGCUGGCCAGCGUGGUGGAGAACAUUGAGCGUCUCAAGCUGGUGUCCCGGCUGGACAUAGAAGAGGAGGACAUCUGCCCCGAGCACGGGGAGAAAGUCUACUUCUUCUGCGAGGAUGAUGAGAUGCAGCUGUGCGUGGUGUGCCGGGAGGCCUGGGAGCACCGUGCCCACACUGUGCGCUUCCUGGAGGACGCGGCUGGGCCCUACAGGGAACAAAUACAGAAGUGUCUUGAGUGUUUAAGAAAGGAGAGAGAGGAGAUUCAAGGAAUUCAGUCAAGAGAAAAUCGAAGGAUACAAGUCCUCCUGACUCAGGUGGCCACCAAGAAACAAAAAGUGAUUUCUGAGUUUGCACAUCUGAGCCAGUUCCUGGAGGAACAGCAGAGCAUCCUCUUAGCCCAGUUGGAGAGGCUGGAUGGGGACAUCUUAAAGCAUCGGGAUGAGUUUGAUGUCCUGGUCACUGGGGAAAUCUCCCGGUUUAGCACCCUCAUCGAAGAACUGGAGGAGAAGAAGGAGAGGCCGGCAAGGGAGCUCCUGAUGGAUAUCAGAAGCACUCUAAUAAGAUGUGAAACCAGAAGGUGUCGGAAACCAGAGGCUGUAUCCCCUGAGCUGGGCCAGAGGAUUCGGGACUUCCCCCAGCAGGCCCUCCCGCUGCGGAAGGAGAUGAAGAUGUUUCUGGAAAAACUCUGCUUUGAGUUGGAUUAUGAGCCAGCUCACAUCUCUCUAGACCCCUGGACUUCCCACCCGAAGCUCCUCUUGUCUGAGGACCACCAGCAGGCUCGCUUCUCCUAUAAAUGGCAGAAGUCACCAGACAGCCCCCAGCGUUUCGACCGGGCCACCUGUGUCCUGGCCCAUGGUGGCUUCACUGGGGGGAGACACACGUGGGUGGUGAGUGUGGACUUGGCUCCCGGGGGCAGCUGCACCCUGGGUGUGGUCAGUAAGGACAUCCGGCGGAAGGGGGAGGUUCGGCUGCGGCCAGAGGAGGGGGUGUGGGCGGUGAGGCUGGCUUGGGGCUUCGUCUCGGCCCUGGGCUCCUUCCCCACCCGCCUGGCCCUGGAGGAGCAGCCCCAGCAGGUGCGGGUGUCUGUCGACUACGAGGUGGGCUGGGUGACCUUUGCCAAUGCCGUCACGCAGGAACCCAUCUACACCUUCACUGCCUCCUUCACCCAGAAGAUCUUUCCCUUCUUUGGGCUCUGGGGACGAGGGUCCAAGUUCUCCCUGAGCUCCCAAGAGGGUGCAGCUACCCUCCCCUAA